UUGUUGUUCUGCUGUCCUUUGUAGGAUCCGACAUCAGGAUGAAUGGAGAUUCAGGUGCAGGGGUGGUGACGGCCCCCCCGCCCACCAACCCUCCCCACAAGGAGCGCUACUUCGACCGCGUUGAUGAGAGCAACCCAGAGUAUCAGCGCGAGAGGAACAUGGCACCUGACCUACGGCAGGACUUCAACAUGAUGGAGCAGAGGAAGAGGGUUUCCAUGAUUCUGCAGAGUCCGGCCUUUUGUGAUGAGUUGGAGACAAUGAUCCAGGACCAGCUGAAGAAGGGGAAGACACCCACCAGUCUGCUGGCACUGCAGCAGAUCGCUGAUUUCAUGACGACCAGCGUGCCCACCAUGUAUCCAGCUGCGCCACAGGGCGGCAUGGCUGCCCUCAACAUGAGUCUGGGGAUGGUGACUCCAGUGAAUGACCUGCGGGGCUCAGACUCCAUCGCCUAUGAGAAAGGGGAGAAGCUCCUGCGCUGUAAGCUGGCAGCUUUCUACCGGCUGGCUGACCUGUUUGGAUGGUCUCAGCUCAUCUAUAACCACUUGACUGUCCGGCUGAAUUCGGAUCAGGAGCGGUUUCUGAUUGUCCCAUUUGGGCUUCUGUACAGUGAGGUGUCAGCCUCCAGUCUGGUCAAGAUCAACAUACAGGGGGAGAUUGUGGACAGAGGAAGCACCAACCUUGGAGUGAACCAGGCUGGGUUCAUGCUCCACUCUGCCAUCUAUGCUGCGCGACCCGAUAUCAAGUGCAUUGUGCACAUCCACACGCCCGCUGGAGCCGCUGUGUCGGCCAUGAAGUGUGGCCUGUUGCCCAUAUCUCCCGAGGCACUGGCCCUGGGGGAGGUCACCUACCAUGACUACCAUGGGAUCCUGGUGGAUGAGGAGGAGAACGUCCUCAUUCAGAAGAACUUGGGUCCCACAAGCAAGGUGUUAAUCCUUAGAAACCAUGGGCUGGUAACUGUUGGAGAAACUGUCGAAGAAGCCUUUUACUAUAUUCACAACCUGGUAACAGCUUGUGAAAUUCAGGUGCGUACUCUGGCUAGCGCAGGAGGGCCUGAUAACCUCGUGAUGUUGGAUCCGGCGAAGUACAAGGCCCGACCCCGGCACCUGGAGCCAGCCUCUGACAGUGCCAGCACACACCCCAAGUGGCUGGUCGGGGAGCAGGAGUUUGAGGCACUUAUGCGGAUGCUGGAUAAUCUGGGCUACCGAACUGGUUACCCGUACCGCUGCCCGUCACUGCGUGACAAAACCAAAAAGUACAGUGACGUAGAGAUCCCCCCCUCUGCCACGGGCUACUCGUACGCUGAGGACAGUGACUCGGGGGCGCGCUCUCCCCUCAAGCACAGCUUUCAGCGGCAGCAGCGGGACAAAACCCGCUGGCUGAGCUCCAGCCGGCCUGACGAAGCCUGCGAAGAUGGGCCGGAUGGCGGAAGCCCAAAGGCGAAGACUAAGGUGUGGACGAACAUUUCACACGAUCACGUCAAACCCUUGCUGCAGUCUCUCUCGUCCGGUGUCUGCGUGCCAAGCUGUAUUACCAACUGCUUGUGGACCAAGGAGGAAGGGCUUCGGCAGGCUGCAGUGGCCAAUCAGUUUGUCCCGAUGAACACAAAUCCCAAAGAAGUCCAGGAGAUGCGUAACAAGAUCCGGGAUCAGAAUCUACAGGACAUAAAGACAGCCGGACCGCAGUCGCAGGUGCUGACUGGAUCUGUAAUGGACCGCUCCUUUACCCAGAGGGUGACUCUCUGGCAGGACGCCCCUCUGUCUGACUGUACGGACUCAAUCGAUGGCCUUGAUCUGCCUGAGCAGGUCUAUAGCCCUGCUAGGUCUAUUAGAAAGGGGGAACUGGUGACUGCUUCCAAAGCCAUUAUUGAGAAGGAGUACCAGCCACGAGUUAUCGUCAGCAAGACUGGACCCAACCCAUUCACCAAGCAGACAGACCAGGAGUUGGAUGAAUACCGCAAGGAGGUGGAGCUCAAGCAGAAAGCAGAAGUACAGGUUGAGAGUGGGAGUCCUUCCCAGCCCAGGCUCCCUGGAGAGAGGAGUCCCUUACCUCCCCCUGCUGGGGACAGCUUGAGCUUGUCCCUCAGUGAGGCAGGGGCAGAUGAAGAGUGCCAGGAGUCCGCCAUCUUAGCUGCCCCGCCCUGCUCCUUCGCUCCCAGCCGAGACAGGGACCGGAGCUCAGACUCCACUGAGAGGACCGGCCCCUCCCCAGGGGCCACAGCAGCGUCCCCACACUCCCCCCACAAGGACUUUCACUAUGCUGUGCUGCGAGCGCUGUGCACCAAGACACAGGUGGAGGUUGAGAGUGAGUCUCCAGACGUGCCACUGGAGCCCGAGGAGGGAGAGGUGAAAGAGCAGAGCCCCACCUGCACCCCCCCCAGUACCCCAGUCCAGCCAGAAGAAGGAGAAGGAAAUGCAAAAGAAUACCUGUUGCCCUAUUGUCCUCAACACAUGGACUUGUAUGAACAGACAAGGCAUCCUUCAGAGUCCCAGCUAGAUCAGACCUUUAAGGACGAGAGUGACGCCGCCACACUGAGACAGACCCUCCCUGACCUGACCCCAGAUGACCCCUCCGAAGCUCCCCCACUUCCAGCCGAAGACUCCGGCCCAGCCCAGGCAGACCUUACUCCACAGACAGAGGGGGAGGAGCCAGGUGGCCCUGAUGAUGCCGCAGACCAAGGCAGCGACGAGUCCCCCAGCAAAUCCCCCUCCAAGAAAAAGAAGAAGUUUCGAACCCCAUCCUUCCUGAAGAAAAACAAAAAGAAGACAGAGACCUAGAUGUCUGGUUUGGGGAAAAGGCCUCAUCUUUCCUUUGUUUUAGUUGAAUCUUUUAUAUGUCUGUUCAACAUAUUUUGUGUUCACCUACAGUACAGUGUGUGUGCCAAUUCUUCUUUUUUAGAACAAAGGGUCAAAAUGGCUUUAGGUUCGUUCGUUAGCAGCUUUUAUUGAUGAAUGACCAUUACGUCUGGUCCAGUAUGGUUGUGUGGCUUCCUUUGCAUGUUUGUUUUGGCCCACGUGUUUAUAAUAUUAUAUAUACACAAUAUUUUUAA